GCGGCUCCGGCGCUCCGACGGCGCCAGCGGCGCUGUCGCGACAGAGCGCGCGGCCCCGGGGCCCAGGUGUUCGUCACCGGCGGGGCUGUCGCGAUAGAGAGCGCGGCCGCGGGGCCGGCGGCGUCAGGGCCUGGGGGUUUCGCACAGGGGAGACGUUCCCAGCUGACACCCGCGUGCGCGGCCUUGGGCUGCCGCAGUGGGGGUCACAGGGCAGGACUGUCGCGAUAAGGUCGGGGCUGUCGAGCCCGCCCGGCAGCGCUGGUGUGACACAAGUGUGUCCUCGAAGCCAUCGCAGGCAGGGCUGUUUGGACAGGAGGGGUCCCUGUGCCCCCAGGCCGGCCGUGUCCCCACGUCCCGCAGGUGGCGGCGGUGCCUGCCCGCGCCCCGGGCACGGAGCCGGGGAUGGAUCCAGGGAUGGAACCGGGAAUGGAGCCGGGGAUGGAUCCGGCCGGGGCGUUCCCGGUGCUGGAGCGGGAGCUGCGGGCGGCGCUGGCGGAGGACGAGCGGCGGCAGCGGGAGGGCGAGGCCAAGCUGCGGGCGCUGCGCCAGGGCGUCCCCGACUACGGCCAGUUCAGGGAGAUUGUGCUGGCUUCUCACCUGAAGCCCCUGGAGAAGAAGGACAGGCUGGGACAGAGGAGGAGUGUGCUGUGGAAUCCCUGUGCAGCCCCAGCUGAGACAGCACCUCUCUGCACUGUGGAGAUCCCACAGGAGCUGGAUCAGCUGCCUGGCACCGCUGCAGAAUUUCACCGAGAUUGGCGCAGGUGCAUGAAAAGUGGGACAGAGAAAUACCAGUUUUUGCUGGAGCUCGGAGGGGAGGCCUUGGGCAGGAUCUUCCAGGCUGAUGUGGGCUUUGGCCUGCUGGGGGAAUUCCUGACAGUGCUGGCAGAGAACAUCCAUCCUGGAGACAGAGCUGCCAUCCUUCAGAUCCUGCAGAGCCUGGCGGCCACCAAACGCUUCGGGCUGAACGUGGCUCUGCUGAGCCAGGCAGAGAAGGAGAGCAGCCAGGACUUGUUCAGGAAGCUGCAGAGCAGGGAUUGGCAGGCUGCUGGCCAGCCUGGCUGCCUGGCCAGCUGUGAGGCUGGGAGGAAAACCCAUCCCAUGGAGACCCACCUGGAAAAGGAAAGUGAGGAGGAGAGGACAGUGGUGGAGCUGAUGAAGUGUUACCAGGUCAGCUGAGGGAGCAGGAGCACCAGGAUUGAGCAGAAACCUCAAAGCUUGACUUUGGCAUCAGCCAGGGCACAAGUUGUGCACAAUAAAGUUUAAC